AAAAGGCGUAUUCCUUGAUAUCUUGGCUGACGGUGACAAAUACACCCGAGUGGCUUCCGCAUUCAGUUCAAAGUUUUGACAUGUGAGUAACAGGGCGAAAUGGACUUAGGUCUGAAGACUGCAUUGGAGUCGAGACAAAUAGUUGUUGCUGCUCUGGCCACGGCAGCGGUCGCCACUGCUGGGGUAGCCUACUUGACAUGGCGGCGGUCCCGCAGGCAGUACGUCCCAGUCGGUCAUGUCUCCAAACUCUACGUCCACCCGGUAAAGUCCUGCCGGGGUUUGGAGGUGGGGGAGGCCGAGGUGACCAAACAAGGUCUCCGGUUGGAGGGGGUUAUGGACAGACAGUUGUUUCUCCCUUAGACACCUGCUGGUAUUGGAUGAGAAGGACCGCUUCGUGACCGCACGGACGGAGCCAAGCAUGAUCCUCAUCACCCCCAGGUGUGUCGGGGACGGGCAGGUCAGACUGGAGGCACCUGGUAUGGACCCGCUCCAUGUACCCAGACCCAACACAGACGGCGCGGUUAUCAAU